GCGUCCUGCUAAAUUUUGGCCCUUUUUUUUUAUUGUUGACGACCUUCAUCCCCAAUACAUACAACACAACAAUGGCUCUUCGUCUCGCACCUGAAUCACACCCUGAAACUGUCAUGAGCACUCUUGAUACCACUCAUUCAGAAUUGGGUGGUCAUGAUGCUUUACGUUAUGGUACUCGUUCCAUCAAGACCGAGGUCAUGCCUGGACAUCCUCUUGAAGGCAGAUUAAAUCAAUGGGAAGAGACACAGUGGGAAUUAAAGUUGAAUUUGGCUCGUCAAGCUUAUGGUAUGCACGCUCCUAUCAAGUUAAUGAUGGAAAAAAGCAUAGUUGAAAAGCGUCAACGUAUGCCUAUUAUGCCCUCUUCAAACUUGCAUUUGGAUAUUUUGAUGGGUAAAGAUGAGACUAUUGAUUAUGAGGAUUUCCUUAAUGACCCUAGCAUGUCAACCGAUUCAAUUGAUUUUCAUACUGCCAUGGAGCACAAGCUCAAUAUGAGAAUGUAGAUUGGUAACAUACAUACCGUAGUAUCAUUUUCCCCUUUCCAAAUUUUUUUAUAAAGAACAAAAAAAUAUAUAUCGAAUAUGAA